UGUUGCCUUUCUCGUUUUGUGUCUGUUAAAUGUGCGUUUGAGUCGAUCCUGUUACGGAGAAGGGAACAUUUUAUUCUGCCUGGACAUACCUCAAGCUUUCAGUCCCGGUUUUUCCUCCCUGGUGAUGGCCCUGAAGGAUGUCGGGGAGAUAAACUCAACUGUAUUCCGCAGUGACAACCUCUCUUCGAUAACCAGGCUGAGGAUCGAGGGCGCUGGUGUCACAGGGAUCGCUGAGGGGGCCUUCAGAUCUCUCCAGAACCUCACAAUUCUCAGUUUGAACCAGAACCAGCUCACUCACAUUAACCCACACUGGUUCAGUCUGUCCGGUGUCCUCAGUGAGCUCAGCCUGACAGAGAACCACAUCACAGUCCUGAAUGUGUCCAUGUGCAGUGAGCUCAUCAACCUCACCAGGCUCAGUCUGAACAAGAACACGAUCAGAGAAAUCCAUCCUAACACUUUCAGCUCCAUGACCAGCUUAGCUGAGUUGGACUUGUCUGACAACAGGAUGACCUGGGUCUCACCUCAGGUCUUCAGGUCUCUCAGGUCCACUAGAAUCAGUCUGGAUGGGAACCCCUGGGACUGUUCCUGUGAAGCUCAGGACUUUGUAGACUACUUGAAAGGUUUGUGA